AUGUCUGCAUCUGAGGUUAGGAUUGUCAGCCACAAACACAGCAUGAGCAGGGGUGAAAAAUGUACAGAUAGUGAACAUCUUCCCCAAAAUUCCCAGUACAAAGAUUGUUUGCAUGUUUCUACAUCAGAGGCAAAGGCUGGGGGGGCUCUACCCCAUUUUGCCCUUCUAGGUCAGUUGGGAAUCAAACCCCUGACUCAUCUCGCAGUGCAAUGGUGGAUGCGUGGGGGUUCUGGAAGAGCUGGACCUUCCAGUCAAUGUGGAACAACAUCAAUGAACUCCACAGGAACAUGGGAAGAGGAUGAGCUGGAUGAGAAGCUGGACAAUGAUGGAGAAAGGCAAUGCCCUGUGUUUGCCAGUAUGAGGCAAGACCCCCAAGAAUGGGUGGAAUGUGAAUACAUGGGGUGUCUUACCAGCAGGGAACACAAAAAGCAACACUGGAUUGCCUCUGGUGAUUGGUGUGACUAUUGCUCCAUCACUACUCAUGUCAAUGGUAAGAGGGAGCUCAAAGAAAUUUUGGUGUGCCACAACGCAUUUUGCAUGCUUGAGGAGCACACUGAAAGAGUCAAGACAGCUAUUAGACAAUCAAGAAAUACUGCCAAGGCAUUGAGCCAUGCUCGUCCUGCAUGCGCCACUCAGGAAUGUAGUCCUGACAAUUUUGAGGAGACCAUACAGUCGGUGGUGAAGCCAAGUUGCAUGAAGCCUAAUCUAGGUUUUAUUGGAAGAGUGAUCAUCAAUGCGAACAAGCCUGGUGACCCUAAGGCUACUGCCAAAGGCUAUAAUGCCAACCACAUUCAUCAUGGGCUUGAGUCAGAAAAAUUUGUGAAGCUGUUGGCAUCACUGACUAUGCAAGAAACCUUGGUUGUUGUAGUGGAUGUGGUUGUUUGUCAUAACAAGAAGACAAUGGAACUGUAUUGGUCCAACAUGCUUGAAGGAAUACAUGUUCCUGUUGUGUGCAGGCGAAAGGAUCUGGAGAGCAGACUCCAUGAGCAGUACCUCUGGCACUUGCCUGGUACUCAGAAGGGGUACAAAUGGGAUUAUGAUGAAUUUGUUCUCUGUGAUAAGUCACGUGAAAGAGUCUUGAUGGUAAAGCCUGAUGGGAUGCUCUCAAAUGCUGAUGAGUUCAUCAUGUGGGGUGGUCGGAUUGAUCCCAAAAAUGGCAGUUGGAUUGCCCCCUCCGGCAAAGUGGAGUUCAACUUCCACGUCAGAUUGCAGUACAUGUCAAUAUUCGAGGAGUGGUGGGACAGGAAUGUGGUAAAUGCCAGUUUGGAGACCAGUUCACCUGUCAAGAGCCCUCCUGCAAAGAAAGACAAAGGAAAGCAAAGUAUACUUGUUGAUACCUCUCCUCAGGCCGGAGCUCCCAAGAGCACUCUAGAACCCAUCCAAAGAAAGCGGCCUCUUGAAAUUCGUCCAGUGUUGACAGAUGAUGAUGAUGAUCUUUUAGUUGUCAUCAUAAAUGAAACAGAUAAGGCUGCUCCUCCUGCUGUGGAUGGUGCUUGGAAAUGUUUCCAUGUGCCCAGGGUCAUUAAUGGGGAUGAAGACAACGCCACUUGGAAUGCCACAGUAGAACCCCCUCAUAGGUCUCACUGCAAGUGCCAGAGAAGCCAAGUAGAGUGCUCCAGACCAUCACACAGCUGCCAAGAGAUCACACAGCUGCCAAGAGAUCACUCAACUACAAACAGAUCGACUCAGGUGCAUGCCAUUGCAGACAUCAAUAUGGGUUAUUCAAGUGACUGGUAUCAGGCCACUGAUAAUUGCCUGUUUGAGGAUACCAUUACACCAAUGGACAGGAAUGAACGAUGGACAGGAUUGACCAUGAGUGUUGCCAAUGGUUCAUUCAAAGGGAGUGGAAGGGGUGGGAGUGAAUCUGAGAACAUGAGCUCAUGGCAUGUAGGGAUAAUGGUCGUUCCCCACUGUUUUCUGAAGCAGCUUCAAACAAUGGCAGAGCUUUCACAGAUUGAGUAUGACAGCUCAUUGUAUGGGACGCUCUUGGGACAUACCUCCAAUGUGAAGAACUAUGGAACAGGGACUUUUAAGAUCGCUUGGAAGGGUAUUUUGGAGGUUCCCAAUGAUGGUAACAUUGUGCCAGCAUGUUUACAGGGUCUGUUUUCCUAUGCCUGGAUGCAUCAUUUCAUCAAAGAGAAAGACUCCUCACUGCCAUGGCCAAUCCCUCAAUUUUGUUUUGCAGAGACAGCCAUUGUGCAGUUGAUCAAAGAGGACAACAAAGGUCUGCAGUGGACAAGUCAGGCAUGGCUUGUAGAGGAAUGGAUGGAAGGACCUUUUGUGAACACAUCCAAUAUGACAAACUUCAUCGGAAGGUUUUCAUCUCUGACUUCCAGGGUUAUGAUGAGUCCUGAUCACUUUCCAAAUGAUCACAAAUGUAACAAGUGGUGUGAUUGGUUUGGCUUAAAAGAGCUAGGGGAAGAACUACAUUGCACUGGAGGCAAAGGAGGUACAGAAUAUGUGCUUGGAACAAUCAAAGGGCUGCUUAAGUGUGGCUUAACUUUGUAUUUGGUGGAGCCCAAAUUGUGUGUCAUAAUGGGAAAGAUCAAUCUGAUCAAUGUUGUGACCAUGAUUCUGAGCUUGAAAUCACAAUCACAGGAUUGGCCUUUAAAGCUUGUGUUAUGCAAGUCUAAUUGUGGGAAUGGCAGAACAGACAAUGGCAAUGUGAUGCCUGAGCAACUUAUGCAGGGACCAGGAUUCUCCUAG